AUGCAUUCCGUCCAUUUUCCCGUAUUUCAAUAUUCCAUCCCGAAACCAUGGUAUAAAAUAUUUCUAAUCCUACAAAAUCAGAUUUCGAAUCGUAUCAAAUAUAUGUAUAUAUUGUACUUGAUUACAUAUUCUAUAUUCCUUGAUAUCGCAAGAACUUUGGCUCUGUCAAAGAAUUUCGUUUCUACUGUGCCUGGGAGUUUAGGUAGUUCGACCUACCAUGAAACUUUCCUACACAAUCUGGACGAUGUGGCGGAUUUGGGCGCGGAUUCGAAGGGGACCAGCAGUGACAAGAUGCACGAGCUUGAGGAAAUUCUAGAGGAUGAAUCUCAGAGUCCAGACGAGCAAGUUGCCUACAAGUAUGCGGAGAAUUCAAAGGUUUUUGAUAACCCGGUAGUUUUAGAAGUCACUUCAAAGCCCACUGUUGACGAGGUGAAGGACUUCGAGAAGGUGAAGGCUCAUGAAUUGGCAAGCGAGGAUAAGCAUUUUGAUUCCUUGAGCAGCCUAGUUUCACAACCCGGGAAUUUGAAAGUUACUGGAACUUCUUUCACGGUAGGUUUUAUCCCAUUAAACAAUAUUCAGACUUCUCUUGGGAAUAAGAGCUUGGGGGAUAAUGGCUUAAAUGUGAACCACUUGGUUUCAGGCCUUAGUGGACUGAACUUUGGUCCUACAGAACAUAAUGGUGUUCUGAAUGAUGCAGUUAAGCAUGGAAUACUGGAACCUCAAGAUCUCCCUCCUGUGAAUGUUAAUGCUCAGGCUCAUAACCAUUUCCAUGUUCUGAACGUCAACCAUCACCUUAGUCCAAUUGGUGAUUUGAAUUUCAACUUCCAAAGUCCUAACACUAACCCUUCUACCAAUACUGGUAAAGAAUGUUUUGAGAGAACCUCAAAGGACGGCUCUAAGACUACAGAGUGUUACUGUUCAAGGCAAGGAGACUGUAGGUGCACCAAGAGUUUCGUAAUGGUUGCUUCUUUUUGCGACACUAUGAUCAAUGACAAUUUUUUCAAUGAUUUUUGUACCUAUGACGUCAAGUCUGAUCUUCAAAAUAACCAGUGGUCUUCUAAGAAGUCUAGCGAGACAAUCUACGACGCAUUCCUAAGUCUUAAAAACGGCCUUUGCAACAAUGUGACUCUAGACUACUGCAGGUACACAUGUAAGCAACAUAUAUUUUGA